AUGCCUAUUCGUAUGAGGCCAAUGAAAGCAACAGAUCUGAUUCACCUUCAACAGGCGAAUCUCAACUGCCUUGCAGAGAACUACCAGCUCUGGUUUUGGAUUUAUCACCAAUUAAGCUGCCCACAAGUAUCUCAUGUCGCCACAAAUUCAAAGGGUAAGAUUGUUGGUUAUGUUCUUGGCAAACUUGAUGAAGAUAUGAACAAGAACUUCAUGAAAACAAAAGAAUAUUAUGGUGGUCUGACGUCUGUUGCAGUAUUUAACUCCUACAGAAAACUCGGAAUUGCUACAAAGUUAAUUGUUUACACUCAUCGUGCAUUUCGUCAGAAUUUCAAGACUACGCAUAUCAAUCUUAAUGUUCGCGAAACCAAUCGGGCUGGACACAAAUUGUACAAAGAUACACUAGGAUAUAAGUUCAGGUUCGAAGAAAAAGGCUAUUAUGCAGAUGGAGAAACAGGAUUCACUUUAACUUAUACAUUCCCUGGUGAAGCAGAGCCCAAACCGAUGCAUAAUAAGUAG